AAUGUUUUCAUCACUGCCUGUGUUUCUGAAAGAUCACAAUGGCAAAGCGUCUGUGCUUAGUACUAGUGUGUUUUUUAUUACUUGUUUGUGUGUGGGCAGAAAACAGUAAGUUUGCCAGAGUAAACCUUGCAUCAUUCAAAUGGAAAGAUGCAGAGGAUACUAACAACUGCUCUGCGCUUGAAUCGGAAACAUCAAGUUUAAUUGUGAUGCACAUUCAGAGCAAGUGUUCUCCUUUCCGCCUCCCCAACAUAACAUGGAGGAGGGCGAUAUCCGAGUCAAUCAAAGGCGACACCCAGCGCCACAGAGCAAUGAUGAAAGAGGACGCGGACCUUCCGUUGAUCUAUGGAAAUACCCUUUUCCAACAGCGAGAGUACUUUAUAAAGCUGGGUUUCGGCACGCCUGUGCAGAGCUUCUACACUCUCCUGGAUACUGGCAGCGACAUCGCCUGGAUCCCCUGCAACCCUUGCUCCAAUUGCUUAACUAGCCAAUUGUUCCAGCCAUCUGAGUCGUCUACGUAUAACUACCUGAGCUGUGCUUCUCAGCAGUGUCAGCUUCUGAAUCUGUCCACUUGUGUGGACAACUGUACCUUUGAUCUGUUCUACAGCGGGGCACCAGAGGUGCACGUUCUCUUGUCGUCAGAGACGCUCUCUGUGGGCUCUCAGCCGGUGGAGGAUUUUGUCUUCGGAUGUGCGGUGAGCGGAGUCAUCCAGAACUAUUCGGCACCAGGUUUGGUUGGCUUUGGGCGGCACCCUCUCUCGUUUCCUUCUCAGACGGCCACGUUAUAUAACAGAACGUUCUCUUAUUGCCUUCCCUCUGUGUUGUCCCCUGAUUACACGGGGUCUCUGGUGCUGGGAAAUGAGGCUCUUUCUGUGCCGAGCUUGCAGUUCACGCCUCUCUACUCCAACGCGUUCAACCCUUCGUACUACUAUGUGGGGUUGAACGGAAUCUCUGUGGGAGAAGAGCUUGUUUCCAUCCCAGAGGGGACCUUCACCUUGGACAACUCGACGGGAAGAGGGACUGCCAUAGACUCUGGAACGACUAUCACUUGGCUGGUGGAGUCCGCUUACAAUGCCACUCGAGAUUCCUUCCGCCGUCAGGUCUCCAUUCCGACUCUGCCUAGUAAUCCCAUAUCGACCUUGUUUGAUACGUGCUACAACCUUUCGGACGUCGAGGUGGGGUUUCCCCUCAUCACGUUGCAUUUUAACGACGAUCUGGACUGGACUUUGCCUAUGGAGAACAGUUUAUACCUGGAAAGCUCCGUGAUAUGCCUGACUUUUACUACUAGUAGGGUCGAAUGGUCAAUAAUUGGGAACUAUCAGCAGCAGAAUUUUCGAAUUGUGUACGAUGUUCCGGGGUCUAGACUUGGAAUCGCUCCCGAGAAUUGCGAUGGUAGUAUGCUUGCUCAGUGAUGUUUAUUCACCGUAUUAUCGCCUAUAAUAUUAUCUCUUGUAAUAUCUACUCUGCUUCACUACAGCACCGUAAAACUGUAGUAUAAUUACGGUGUUAUUUUAAUCUUAAUAAGAAGCAAGUGCGAAUAUAUAUAUUUCGCUUUAUAAUUAAACAUCAUAUUCACUUUAUCUAUGAAAUCUAGAUAAAUAUUUUCAA